AUGGCAGAGAAACGGCCCCUGGGGACCUUGGGGCCUGUAAUGUAUGGCAAGCUGCCCCGCCUAGAGGCGGAUUCAGUGCCAGGGCCCAGCCUACCCCCCUCUGCUGGCAGCCAGGACCCCUGCGGCUACAAGGGGGCCUACUUCUCUUGCCCCGUGGGGGGUCCCCCCAAGGCUGGGUCUGAGCGGUUGGCAUCCUGGACCCCGUACCCUCCCUUGUACCCCACCAGCAUGACAGGAACCCCGCUUCACACAGACGGCCUGCUGACCAACUGCCUGGUCUACCGCUCGCCAGCAGAAGGCUCUGAGAAGAUGCAGGACUCCGGCCCCAUUGAACUUCCCUUCAGUCCCCAGGCUCAUUCCUACCCAGGCCCACCGCUGGCUGCCCCCAAACCUGUCUACCGAAACCCUCUGUGUUACGGGCUCUCGACGUGCCUGGGGGAGGGGGCGCCAAAGAGGUCCUUGGACGUUGACUGGACGCUGGUGAAUGGGCCCCUGCUGCCCUUGGCUGACCCACCCUGUUCUCUGGCCCCGGCUCCUAGCAAGGGCCAGACCCUGGAUGGCACCUUCUUGCAUGGGGUGCCCCCAGGGGGAUCUAGCAAAGACUCCUCGGGGGGCUUCUCCCCAUGCCAAGCAUUCCUGGAUAAGUAUCGGACCAUCCACAGCACGGGCUUUCUGGCCUCUAAGUCCUCGGGCCUUUACCCUGGGAACCCCAAGCAGGCCGUGUCUGAGGGGCCCUCCAGUCCUUGGACCCAGCUGGCCCAGCCCCUGGGGCCACCCUGCCAGGAUGCUGGGCCCACCCACUACCCACUGCCCCAUCCUCCACAGACCCUCCCUUGUCCACCAGCCUGUCGCCACCCAGAGAAGCAGGGUGGCUACAGCUCGGUGCUCCCACUGCAGCCUCUGGGAGCCCACAAGGGGGCCGGGUACCAGGCUGGUGGACUGGGCAGCCCCUACCUGAGGCAACAGGCAGCCCAGACACCCUACAUGCCCCCGGUGGGGCUGGAUGCCUAUUCCUACCCCUCUGCUCCGCUCCCGGCACCCUCACCAGGCCUCAGGCUGGAGCCCCCUCUCACUCCACGGUGCCCCCUGGACUUUGCCCCCCAGACGCUGAACUUUCCUUAUGCCCGGGAUGACCUCUCUCUCUAUGGAGCAUCCCCAGGGCUUGGAGGAACACCGCCUUCCCAGAACAAUGUGCAGACUGUGCCCCAGCCUGGUGCCUUCCAGCGAACGUGCCAGCCUUUGCCAACCAGCCAGCCAUGCCCAGAGCCUGUGAAGCCUGCACAGGAAGACGGAGAGAAAGCAUGGCUACCCAGCUGCAGGAGGGAGCGGCUCCAGCCCCGCCUCAGCGAGCACCCUGGGGCACCCAUCGUCAUCCGAGACAGCCCCGUUUCCCGCACCCCCCCGCCCCUGCCCCCAUGUGCCCAGGAGCGCCUGUCUCUUCCACAGAAGGAGGGUGCAAGGCCACCCAGCUCUCCUCCGAUGCCUGUGAUCGACAACGUCUUCAGCCUGGCCCCCUACCGUGACUAUCUGGAUGUGCAGACACCCGAGGCCACUGCCCAACCUGACUCGGCCCCAGCUGAGCCUGCCUCGGCCCCCGAUGAGCCUGACUCCGCCCCAGCUGAGCCUGACUCUGCCCCAGCCACCAAUGAGAGCCAGGACAAAGGCUGCAGGGGAACCCUGCCUGCCCAGGAGGACCCAGCAGGGCCUCACUGUUCACUUAAGGAGGAGGUGGCCCUGGACUUGAGUGUGAGAAAACCCACAGGGGAGGCUUCCCCUGGCAAGGUCCCUAGUCCCGGGGUGCAUGCCAAGCCCACUGUAGCUGUGGACGCACCAGGUGUGGGCAGCAUAGUGUCCGAUCCACCAGGCCUGAAAAAGAUUGUCACAGAAGCCUCGGGGUUGUCUGGGGUGCCGGUGACCACAGAGGCCAUGCCAAGGACCAAUUUCCAUAGCUCUGUGGCCUUUAUGUUCCGAAAGUUCAAGAUCCUCCGUCCAGCACCCUUGCCUACAGCCAUGGUCCCAUCCACGCCCGCCUCGGCUCCCGUCCCUGCACAGCCUGCACCCACGCCCACAUCUGUGCCCAUAGGACUGCAGAUUCUCACUCAGCCCUUGCCUGUGACCUGCUUCAACCUGGCAUUGCCCAGCCCUCCAGUUGUAGCUGUGACCUCCCCUGUCCCGGCCCCGGCCCCGGCCCCGGCCCCGGCUCCGGCUCCUGCUCCAGCUCAGGUUGCAGGCCCUGCUCCAGCACCUGCUCCAGCCCCAGCGGACUCCCCAGAGCAGCGCUUUACAGGGCUGCAUGCGUCCCUGUGUGACGCCAUCUCAGGCUCAGUGGCCCACUCCCCACCGGAGAAGCUGCGCGAGUGGCUGGAGAUGGCUGGGCCCCGGGCCCGGGCCGCGUGGCAGGACUGCCAGGACGUGCAAGGGCUACUGGACAAGCUGUUGUCCCAGCUGCAGAGCUUCGUGUGCACACAGUGGUGCCCCUUCCCCCACGUGGUGCGCGCUGGCGCCAUCUUUGUGCCCAUCCACCUGGUGAAGGAGCGGCUCUUUCCCCGGCUACCGCCAGCCUCUGUGGACCACGUGCUGCAGGAGCACCGUGUGGAGCUGCGGCCCACCACGCUGUCGGAGGAGCGGGCGCUGCGGGAGCGCGCCCUGCAUGGCUGCACCUCCCGCAUGCUGAAGCUGCUGGCACUGCGCCAGCUCCCUGACAUCUACCCCGACCUUCUGGGCCUGCAGUGGCGUGACUGUGUGCGCCGCCAGCUGGGUGACUUUGACACUGAGGCUGGAGCUGUGUCCUCAGAGCCCACCAUGGCCAGAGACGAGCCAGAGAGCCUACCCCUGGCUCGGAAGUCACCAGCCCCCAAGGGCAGGAAGCCAGGGAGGAAGCCACUAACCCCUGGCCCGGAGAAAGCAGAGGCAUCUGCUGGGGGAGGGUCCCGUGGUGCCUCACCUGCCCCCGCUGCCAACGCCAGCCCACCCAGCUCCGCACUGAAGGCUCGCUUCCGCAGCCUGCUGGAAACCAACUGGCUCAAUGGCCUGGCACUGCCCACGUGGGGCCACAAAGCCUCGGGACCAGACCGGCCCUCGCACUGCCCACAGCUGCUGGGCAGCCAGAGCCAUCAUCUGUAGCACCAGCUGCCGGGGCGGUGUGAGCCACUUGCUGUUGGGGGUUCCUCUCCACCCUCCCUCUGCCUUCCCAACUGCCCUGGGCCAGGAGUAGACAGGGCUGUGACAACUUACCCACAGGGUCUCCCGCUGUCACCCUGGCUGGGCUGGGAGCCCCUGAAUUUUUCACUUAAGGGUCUUUAUUAGGCCUCCUCCCUGUUUCUUCCCUGAAGAAAACGCGUGGGCUUUGGAGCCUGACAGACAUGGGCUCAAACCGUGGCUCCUGUGUUCUGUUACCUGAGUGAGACACUUCACCUCUCUUGAGCCCUCGUUCCCCAAGUGUAAAAUAGGACAACACAACCUACCUCACAGGGUUGUUGUGGGGAUGACACCUGACACCCAUUACGGUUUGGUUUCUGCGCCCUCCCCGGACAGGCCUGGUCUAGGAGGCUGAGGCAAACGGAUCCUUCCCGCAGAAAGUCUUCACGUGUCAAGGGACAUGGUUAUCUUACAGUGGUACAUUGUAUGGUGGAUAUGACCCCCGCUCUCUCGAGUUACCCCCGUCAUUUGGGACUGGCCCUGGCUCCCAGCCUGGAGCCCCCACUACUGGUGCAGGGACACAUCCUUGUUGGGGCCUGCUGUUCCUACCCCUGGAGGCCUGUCGAGAAUUGACAUCAGUGACCUCCCUGAACUGGAGCAGGCAGACUGAGUGGUGGCUCAGUCCUAGGAGGUCUCAGGAGAUCUGAAGUGGGGACUCUGAUACUCCCCAAGCCAGGGCCCGUCUCCAGGCCUGUGGGCCACCUGCCUACACAGGGCUGAACUGAGCAGAGUCUGGCAAGCUGGGGCUCUGGUAAUUUUUAAGGGUUUCUGGUGAGCCUGUGGGCUCUGGAGACAGGCUAUUAAAGCAUCUGACUUGUUUUUGGAA